CGUGUCAAUAAACUAGGGUGUCGCCUUGGUGGGUCCAUUCGAAGGCGACGGCGGUCGUCUAUGUUUCGGUUUCAAACAAUUCGGGAGAUAUAAUCAGGAUAACAAGGGUGUUUAUUCUCCAAAAUAUUGUUUCCGAAACCCUUUUACUCUCCCGGACUGCUAAUCCAGAGUCACUGGAAUGAAGGGGUAUGCCACGAAUUUGAAUUAGCUCGCUUGUAGUUUGAAGAAAGAGUAAGUCGGGUUGAGGGGAGCCAUUUUGUCCCGACUGUGUGGGAGAAAGGAAGAGUGGGAAAAGGGAUAUCUCACAGAAGAGGAAAAUCCAGCUCCCUCUUUAGACAACAGGACAAGCCAACUGCACGGCUGCGGGUAUCACCGUGAGCUAGCUAGCAAGCUAUCAUCAUCAACACCCUUCACUCAAGUGCUAUGGUAUUGAUUGAAACCUGGUAAGGCGAGCUAGCUAGCUAAAUAUCAACAAGGAUUUCUACAAAUUUAUCAAGCUGUUUGUUCGAUUUGUUAGCGUGGCGAUUGCUCACCUGGUCCCCGAAGUGGAUUUUGACAUAGUAACAUUAGUAAAUUUACAUUUUUUAUAUAAAUGGCGAAGAAGACAUACGAUCUGUUAUUCAAGCUUCUCCUGAUCGGAGAUUCUGGUGUUGGGAAGACAUGCGUGCUGUUUCGCUUCUCCGACGAUGCGUUCAACACCACCUUCAUCUCCACCAUAGGAAUCGAUUUUAAGAUCAAAACAGUUGAAUUACAAGGAAAGAAGAUCAAGCUACAGAUAUGGGACACGGCAGGCCAGGAGCGAUUCCAUACCAUCACCACCUCCUACUACAGAGGCGCCAUGGGCAUCAUGCUGGUGUAUGACAUCAGCAACGCUAAGAGCUUUGAGAACAUCAGCAAGUGGCUGCGGAACAUUGACGAGCAUGCAAACGAAGACGUCGAGAGAAUGCUGCUAGGCAACAAGUGUGACAUGGAGGACAAGCGAAUCGUACCAAAGGCGAAGGGGGAACAGAUUGCCAGGGAGCAUGGUAUCCGUUUUUUUGAAACAAGUGCAAAAGCGAACAUCAACAUCGAGAAGGCAUUCCUCACGUUAGCAGAAGACAUCCUCAGAAAGACGCCCGUAAAAGAGCCCAACAGUGAAAAUGUGGAUAUCAGCAGUGGAGGUGGUGUCACAGGGUGGAAGAGCAAGUGCUGCAGCUGAACAACCUCACAUAGACUCACUCUCUCACACACACACACACACACACACACACACACACACACACACACACACACACAAAAAAUAGGCGCACACACUGACAUUCACAUGCACAACACACACGAACACACACACAGUUUCUAUCUCUUCUCACUCACUCUUUUCACCUCCCUCUAACACCUCUCCCUCAAUCCUCUGCUCUCAUCUGUUUAUCUGCCUACUCACCUGCUCUCUCUCGCUCUCUCUCUCUCUCUCUCUCUCUCUCGCUCUUUCCCUCUCUUCUGUCUUUCUCCUUCCAUCUCUCUCUGUGUGUCUUUCUGUCUGUCUGUCUCUCUCUCUCUCUCUCUCUCGCUCGCUCUUUCUCUCUGGAAAUAAACCACUUCUCUAACACCCUUCCUGUUCUGCUCAUCACUGCUCGCUGACGAUCUGGUUUUUAUUCCUCAGAAGGAAAAGGCUGUGUAGAUAAAAAGAGAAAUCAUG